CGCCGGUGGAUGGAGGGAUGAAGGUGAAAGAAUAAAAACUAAAUAAAGUCAGAGUUUUGAUGAUUUUAUUCUGAAACUCGGACUGUUCACACCGCAGAGGACCGGGUACAGGUCACCUGACGGCUGACGUCACACAGGAGGCAGUCACCAUGUUCAGCGUGGCAGCGACGUUGAGGUCCGGCGUCCUGCGGCGUCCUGCGCGAGGAGUCUGUUCUGCUGCAUUCAACAGGAAGUCACCUCCACCUGGUCACACCUGUUCUGCACCUCCGUCAGCGGGACGCCCUGCAGUCCGCUAUCACCGGAUACCUGUCAGGACGCUGACAGGAUUCAGGAGGCCGUCAGGUGUUUCGGGGACGCCGUCAGGUGUUCGGAGGCUCUCAGGUGGAGGUCAUGAUGACGGUGCAGGUGCGGCCGGCUGGUACAGCAGCCUCUCGGACUCGGCUCCGGUGCACCUGUCGGAACAGCUCCUGGUGAGCGUGCAGCAGGUGAGUGGGCUGCCGUGGUGGCUAAGCAUCGUCGUGGCGACGCUGACGGUCAGGACGCUCAUCACUCUGCCGCUCGCCGCCUACCAGAUGGUGAUCAUAUCCAGGGUGGAGGCGCUGCAGGCCGAGAUCUCAGAGCUGGCGAAGAGACUUCGAUACGAAGUUUCAGUCCGAGCGAGAGAGAGAGGCUGGACAGAGAAACAGAGCCGGUUUCAGUUCCAGAAGAAUCUGCGUCGCAUCGUUUCUCAGCUCUACAUCAGAGACAACUGUCACCCCUUCAAAGCCAGCGUGCUGGUCUGGGUCCAGCUGCCCCUGUGGAUCAGCCUCUCUCUGGCCCUCCGAAACCUCAGUCUGGAUCAGUCCGCGCUGCGCUCGGAGCUGGCAGCAGGAGGCGCUCUGUGGUUCGCUGACCUCACCUCACCUGACUCCACCUGGAUCCUCCCCGUCUGCCUCGGACUCGUCAACCUGCUCAUCGUGGAGGUGUUUUCUCUGCAGCGGCUCAGCCCGUCUCGGCUCCAGAAGGUCGUCACUAACGUCGUCAGGGCGUUCUCCGUGCUGAUGGUCCCCGUCGCCGCCACAGUUCCCUCUGUGAGUUAAAGGCGCGGCCUCCUU